UAGUCCGAGAGAAACGGGUUGGAAAUAAGGAAGGACUUCACAAUAGCCAUACCAAUAAACAAGUAAAUCUGAAUUAUAUUCCAGACUCAUUAUUUUACAGACGGACAGCUAGAAAUGUAACGAAUUUAUCACAUAUUAUUUGAGGACUAUGACAAGCUAGCUACUGUAGCUUGCUAGGUAGCGCAGCCAGCUAACGUUAGCUAACGUUAGUUUUUAAUGAUAGAUUAACCAACCAGAAGCGGUAAAAAUAUCUCCAAUUUAAUAGUAAUAAGUACGGUUAAUAUUACACAUUUUAAGCAAACAAUACGUGGACUGGUUGCAUCUGCAAUCUGAAUUCUUUCAUCAUUUACACGCCGUAUUAUAGCUAACGUUAGCUAUCUUACUGGGUGUAUAAGUCCGCAAUGGAGCCGGAGAGCUUACGUGAGAGUCCGGCGGGCUCCGGAGAUCCAGAGCCGAGUGAUUGGAGGGGGGAGACGCCCGGUGGAGAGGCGGAGGAGAAGGAUGGGGGACCAAAGGACAGAGACGGUGAUGGAGGGACUAAAGAUACAGGGGACGACGGAGGAGAGGGCCAAGAUGGAGAUGGAGACCGCGGGAGGAAGGAAGAGGAGAGCAAAUACGAAGAAGAAUUGGACCCAAGAAUUCAGGAGGAGCUGGAGCACCUGAAUGAGGCCAGUGAGGAGAUUAACAGACUAGAGCUUCAGUUGGAUGAUGCAAGAUCAGGUUACAGGAAGAUCCUUACAGAAUCAGCCAGGAAGCUGAAUGCACAGGGCUCCCAGCUUGGCACCUGCAUUGAGAAAGCCAGGCCAUACUACGAGGCUCGUAGACUGGCCAAAGAGGCUCAACAGGAGACCCAGAAGGCUGCCCUGAGCUAUGAACGAGCAGUUUCCAUGCACACAGCCGCUAGGGAGAUGGUGUACGUGGCAGAGCAGGGGCUCCUAGCAGACAGGAAUACGCUGGAUCCGACAUGGCAGGAGAUGCUCAAUCAUGCCACCGCCAAGGUGAACGAGGCUGAGGAGGAGCGUCUGCGCAGCGAACGGGAGCACCAGAGGGUCACGCAGCUCUGCCAGGAUGCCGAGGCCCGCGUGCAGACUUUGCAGAAAGCGCUCAAGAGGGUCAUCAUCAAGUCUAAGCCUUACUUCGAACUCAAGGCUCAGUUCAACUACAUACUGGAGGAGCACAAGUCUAAGGUGGUGCAGCUGGAGGAGCGCGUGUCCAAGGUGAAGACCCGCUAUUCGGUGGCGCUGCGUAACCUGGAGCAAAUCAGCGAGCAGAUCCACGCCCAGAGGGGGCGGCGCCGGUUCGCAACGGGGCAAACCAAUGCCUGCGGAGGGCGGAGCUCUCCGGUGGGGGCGGAGUCUGACUGUGAGCCUAGGGGCGAGGGCGGGGCCUGCGGGGGAGGGGCAAGGGUGAAAGACUGGGCGGAUGGAACGAGGGGCGGAGACAAAACCAGGGAAUGGGUGGAGAGACACCGAGCCUCGGGCUGGGGGGAGAGAGAGCGGGCGGAGGCUGCGGAGAAGGCCGGCUCAGACACGCUCUCAGUUCUCAGCCUGCAGACCAUUGCCUCUGAUCUGGAGAAGUGCGACUCGGUGGAACACUUGGGCGACUUUUUAAGCGAUGUGGUCAGCUUGUCAGGGGAGGAGGGAGAGAAGGAGAGGCGGGUGAGGGGAGAGGAGAGAGCAGGGGGGAGGGUGGCAGCUGCUCCGUCGGGGCAGGAUGGAGCCAGCGGCCAGACGCAGACAGCAGGCAGGGAGAGCUUUGUUAAGCAGCACCACAGGAGUGUCAGUUUGUGAAUGGGCAGGGAAAUGCAGUGCUGUUACACGCCUGAAGGGAAGUGCAUGGAGGCUAAAUGCUAACUUCAGGCAAGAGAAGAAAGUUAGAGGCAGGAGAAUUAACUUGGAUAAAAGCGACACUAACCCAGGUGUAAAUGUUAUGUAGUAAUUAAAUACACAUUUUAAUUGAUACUUAAUUACUUGAAGAUAAAUUGGUUUCAUAUGUUAUGUACACACACACAACAGGAACCCCCACAUCUUAAAUACUGGCCACUGGAAGGGGUGUUUUCCUCAUUCCAAUCUUGUCUAUUGUGCUUCAUUGUUAUGUGAGAGAGAGGCAACAUGAGAGGGCAACUUUGCAAUGCAUGAUGGAAUAGCUAGAGGUCAUUAGAGCAAAAUCACACUGAAAUUAGAUACUACAGGAUGUCAUAGAUCUAUUCAAACAGCUCUCAUUGAAAUUGUAUCAGCUUCAUUGAGUUUUCCUGUUUACUUGAGUAUGGCUGAAUGAGAACAUGCCAUGUUUUUUUCUUCUGUGAUAUGUAUUAUGAAUAGCUGUGAAAAGGUUUAUAAUAUGUAUGCUUGUCAUAAAUGUAAUGAUGAGGGACUAACAUGAAGACUACUUAUGACUCUAUACAUUGACAUUAAACCAUAUAGCCAUAUAGGAAAGUAGUAUUGUCUCUGGAGAAAUGUAGUAGCACACUGAAUAAAUCCAUAUUUCAUGCGAUAAAAAUACCAGAAAAUCCACAAAUAUGUUCUAUGCUGCACCUGCAUGAGAACUGGGUUAUUCACUUCCCAUGAAUAUUGUAGAAGAAAUGUUUGUCCUCAAAGCCAAUGGCAAAACAAUAAUCUUUCCAAUACUCUCAGUUUUGUAACAGUACUUGCUCCAUCUUGCUGAAACAUUUUUUUAAUUUGAUUUUUUAAUGCUUUUGUUAUGUACAUUCUGAAGAGGUUUAUACAUGCAACCAGAUCCUAAAUGGAAAAAUAGUUUUCAAGGUAAAGUAAAACAUUUAUUAUCCCCAAUUAUAUAUACUGGGAAUUUAAAAUGUUAGAGAAUUAUUGUAUGGUUGUUUUCUCUAUAAGAAACAAUUACCCACUGCCUUUGCCUAACCAAAAAUAGAUCUUAAUUUGGCAUCUGCCUAACGUUGGAAGUGAUUUUUCAUAUAACCUUUAAGUAUUGUGAUAGUAUUAUUUAACUAUGAACAAUUUAAUAAAAAUGCCAUUCCAUUUGGAUCAUUUCUGGACAGUGGCCAUUUUAAUUGUAGGCUUAAUCUUACAAGUUUCACUCAAGUGUGACACUUUAACCCUUUGAUUUCAAUAAAGCAACAUGAGACCAAUUGCAUUGAAGAUGUGUGUCAAAGGAGGUUCUAAAUGUUUUCAUUUGUUUCCUUUUUUGCUCAAGCUGUUUGAUUGGCCAGUUCUUUCUGUUUGCUGAUGAGUGACAUUAAUCGAUGAGAAACGUGUAAAUCCCGCUGGAUUGUGGAGAAUUGGAUUGAUGCUGUUAAGGAGUGAACCUGGAGCAGUGCAUAUAGAC